AUGCAAAUAGGAUGGCAAUACGGCAAACUGAGUUUUUUCUUUGUGCCACUGAGCAGAGAAAAUACUUUGCUUGUUCUUCCUUUAUUUACGGUAACCGAUAAUGUGCUAAACGGAAUCUAUCUAUCUAUCUAUCUAUCUAUCUAUCUAUCUAUCUAUCUCGGUCUGUUUAUCUAUCUAUCUAUCUCGGUCUGUUUAUCUAUCUAUCUAUCUAUCUCGGUCUGUUUAUCUAUCUAUCUAUCUAUCUCGGUCUGUUUAUCUAUCUAUCUAUCUCGGUCUGUUUAUCUAUCUAUCUAUCUAUCCUGUUUAUCUAUCUAUCUAUCUAUCUAUCUAUCUAUCUAUCUAUCUAUCUAUCUAUCUCGGUCUGUUCAUCUAUCUAUCUAUCUAUCUAUCUCGGUCUGUUCAUUAUCUAUCUAUCUAUCUCGGUCUGUUCAUUAUCUAUCUAUCUAUCUAUCUAUCUAUUCUGUUCAUUCAUUCUAUCUAUUCAUCUAUCUAUCUAUCUAUCUCUAUCUAUCUAUCUAUCUAUUCAUAUCUAUCUAUCUAUCUAUCUCAGUCUGUUCAUCUAUCUAUCUAUCUCAGUCUGUUCAUCUAUCUAUCUAUCUAUCUAGGUCUGUUCAUCUAUCUAUCUAUCUAUCUAUCUAUCUAUCUAUCUAUCUAUCUCAGUCUUUAAACAUAUACUUACCUUCUAUCUAUCUAUCUAUCUAUCUAUCUAUCUAA